GGCCAAGUGUUGUUCAGAGAUAUCCGUGUCACAGUAUCGUAAAAUCAUGAAGGUCUGUUAGACCGCAAUCCAUGGUUCAGAUUGGUCCCUUCUGAACCACUGGACACCAUAGACCGUCCUCGUCAUCGUUCUCACCUAAGUUGUAUUAUAUAUCUAUCGCCCCAUCAUAUACAUUAGUGUCAGAUCCUCAAUGUUCCCGUCAUUCAACAGCUAGAGUACAGUUCCGUCUGGCGAGAGAAGGGAUUUUGAAGCUUGCCCGAUAAAGCACACCGUGCUUGAUGGCCAUAUCUUGUUAACUACCUACGAAAAUGUCCAGAAAGAUCAUUUUCCUUACGGGAGCCCCCACUUUACGAAGCCUCAAUUGGGACGAAGAAGAGCUUCUUACGGCGCCCGUUUCUCCAUUCCAUAAUUCGGAUGCUCACGAUGGAGAUUAUCAAACAUUCGCGGAUACCAACGUUGUGAAAUGGAGGCUAUUACAAGAUGGAAGAUGGCCUCCUGAUAUAUCUGAUGAGAGUUCCGUAUUGGGAAUAGAUAGGGGCGCUCGUUUCUUGACUACUCAAAACCUUAUGAUGGCCAGCGGCUUAUCGAUUGCCCCGGAAGAUUCAACACUCUCCGAAUUCUACGACCAUUCUUUCACCGUUCAUGAGACAUCCGAGAUCUCUACCCCAGGCGCGCAUAUUGGGGAUGCCAUGAGGGAGAGCGAAUCAUGGACCGACAGCACAGGGACUUCUGUCGCAACAGCCACAGAAGAAAACCCGAGGUUGGGACUACCCAUCCAGGGGGGUAUCACUGAUCUUCAGGACAUCCCAAGUGUUGCAUACCUGAAUUCUAUCGUGCCACAAACCAUGACCGUGAAUCUCAUCGUCGGAAUUGUUACGGUCCGACCGCCGCGUCGCAUUGUGACGCGGCGAUGGAAGAACGAGCUGGACCUUGUCGACAUGGUGGUGGGAGAUGACACAAGCAGCGGGUUCGGAGUUACAUUUUGGCUUCCCCUCGUGGAUCAAAGGAUUGCCACAGGCCACCAUGACGAGAGCUAUGAACUUAGAAAGACACUGAAGACAUUGCGGCCGCGAGACAUUGUUCUAUUGCGUAUGGUAGGAUUAAGCUCCUUCCGAGAACGGGUUUACGGGCAAAGUCUCGGAAAAGGGAUCACCAAGAUCGAUCUGCUCCAUCGACGGCGGGUCGACGUAACAGACACAUGUGGUAUGUACAGCGUGAGGAGUCUGAUGAACACGGAGGAUGCCACAGCCAAGAACGAUGAACUAGUACGAGAGAAGGUGAGCAAGGUGCGCGAGUGGAUCAAACGUUUCGUGACGGAUCCGGCAGGCGGUGAUGCAAGGAAGCCCACGAAACGUGGACCAACUUUACCCCCAGAUACGCAAGAGGAUUCGUCAAGGUUAUAAUUAGAACAAUUUAUGGAGUACCCUUUUUGACAUACCUUCAGGUAAGGUUACA